AUGGACGACCUGGACGCGCUGCUGGAGGACCUGGAGUCCACCACCUCCCACAUCUCCAAGCGGCCCGUGUUCCUGUCUGAGGAGACCCCGUACUCCUACCCAACCGGGAACCACACGUACCAGGAGGUCGCCGUGCCGCCCCCGGUCCCCCCGCCCCCGUCCAGCGAGGCCCUCAACGGCGCGCUGCUCGACCCCUUAGACCAGCGGCAGCCCGGCGCGCCCCGAUUCCUCCACCAGCAGCCCCAGUCCCUGCCGCCCGCCUACGGCUCCAGUGCCAAACCCUGCUGUGCCCCCGCGCCCCAGGACGGCCUGGGCCCCCCCUGCCCUCGGGCCGGUGAGGAAGAGCACGUCUACAGCUUCCCCAACAAGCAGAAGUCGGCCGAGCCUUCGCCCACCGUGAUGAGCUCCUCGUUGGGCAGCAACCUCUCGGAGCUGGACCGCCUGCUGCUGGAGCUGAACGCCGUGCAGCACGGCCCCGCGGGCUUCCCUGCAGACGAGGCCAACUCGAGCCCCCCGCUGCCCCGGGCCCUGAGCCCUCACUACGGCGCCCCGGAGGGUAACAGCCUGCUGGCGGGCGGCGCCGGGCCCCCGGUGAAGGAGAAGCCCAAGCGGGGCGGGGCCCGCGGCCUGGAGGACGUGCGGCCCAGCGUGGAGAGUCUGCUGGACGAGCUGGAGAGCUCCGUGCCCAGCCCCGUCCCCGCCAUCACCGUGAGCCGCGGCGAGAUGAGCAGCCCCCAGCGCGUCACCUCCAGCCAGCAGCAGACGCGGAUUUCGGCCUCCUCUGCCACCCGGGAGCUGGACGAGCUGAUGGCCUCCCUGUCGGAUUUUAAGUUCAUGAACCAGGGGAAGACGGGGAGCAGCUCUCCCCCCGGGGAGCCCCCUAAGCCCGGGAGCCAGCUGGACAGCAUGCUGGGGAGCCUGCAGUCCGACCUCAACAAGCUGGGGGUCGCCACAGUCGCCAAGGGAGUCUGCGGGGCCUGCAGGAAGCCCAUCGCCGGGCAGGUGGUGACGGCCAUGGGGAGGACGUGGCACCCCGAGCACUUCGUCUGCACCCACUGCCAGGAGGAGAUCGGCUCCCGGAACUUCUUCGAGCGGGACGGGCAGCCCUACUGCGAGCAGGACUACCACACGCUCUUCUCGCCGCGCUGCCACUACUGCAACGGCCCCAUCCUGGACAAAGUGGUGACGGCCCUCGACCGGACGUGGCACCCCGAGCACUUCUUCUGUGCCCAGUGCGGCGCCUUCUUCGGCCCCGAAGGGUUCCACGAGAAAGACGGCAAAGCCUACUGCCGGAAGGAUUACUUCGACAUGUUCGCACCCAAGUGUGGCGGCUGCGCCCGGGCCAUCCUGGAGAACUACAUCUCGGCCCUCAACACCCUCUGGCACCCCGAGUGCUUCGUGUGCCGGGAGUGCUUCACGCCGUUCAUCAACGGCAGCUUCUUCGAGCACGACGGGCAGCCCUACUGCGAGGUGCACUACCACGAGCGGCGCGGCUCGCUGUGCUCCGGCUGCCAGAAGCCCAUCACCGGCCGCUGCAUCACCGCCAUGGCCAAGAAGUUCCACCCCGAGCACUUCGUCUGUGCCUUCUGCCUCAAGCAGCUCAACAAGGGCACCUUCAAGGAGCAGAACGACAAGCCUUACUGUCAGAACUGCUUCCUCAAGCUCUUCUGCUAG